GUUAGUUGCGGUUCCUUCUUUUUAUUAUUAUUUUAUUUUAUCCAAUGAUUAGAGCGUAUUAAAAAGUCACCAUUUUACGAUUGUUUGCUCCAAUCAUGUCUGCUUUAAGCUUUGCUGUUCAUAAUGAUAAAGAAAAUGUAGGAGUGUCAAAAGGAAUAAACUUAAAAUCUAUUGGUUCAAAAAACAAAGGAAUUCAUGUCCAACCAACACCCCGAAAAGCUUUAAUUGAUGUCAAUCAUGAUUCUCGAGUCUCUCUUGGCGUAUUGAAUAGUUUUACCAAGGAGUCACAUUUGUAUCCACUUAAAGCACACCCAAAAGUUUCAUCUGGUGUAGAAAAUAUUCCUCAAGGCACUAGCAUUAAGAAAAUAGAAGCCAAGAAGACACCUAAGCUUCAGACAAAAGUACUAAAGAACUCAAAAGAAAAUAGUACUUCAGUGAAUGUUGAUGUCAAACCUAAGAAGAAGCAUACAAUCACUCCUCAACCACCAGCAUCUACCAGUGAUGAUGAAGAGGAAUCAAUUUUCCCCAAAAGUCAGCGACUUAGCUCAUAUGUGGAUAAACUGUUGACAUGGAGACCACCAUGUUUAUUUGGAACAAUACCAGAUAGUGAACCAGAGAGUGACAAUGAUGAUGCACUCAUGGAUAAAUUAGUCAACACACCUGUCCUUUUUCCUGAAGUUGCACUGCCAGAAUUUUCUGAACAAGAUUUGGACUUGAUGAUUGACUUGCUACCUUUGGAUGUACCAGAGCCAGACAUAGACCAAGACAACAGAGUCCCAAAUACAGCCUGCUCAUCAGUACAAUUUUCUACAAAAGAUUUGGAUCUGAGUAUUGACUUGCAACCAUUAGAAGAAACUGAAACUGAUGACAAGGUCAUUUUUGAUGCUACCCCUAACACAUCUUUAUCAUUAGGUACCUUACAGAUGCUAUGCAACUAUGACAGUCAUCAAACCAAAGACUAAUUUGUUCAUUUAUAAAAAUGUUUUGAUCAAUUACUUGUACAAUAACCUUUUGUUUUAUCUUUUAUUAGGAAUUUAUUAAAUAAAUGUUUACAAAUGCAA